UUUUGGCUCAACACGUGUGUUUAUGACGGAGUUACAGAGGUCCCUCACGUCUCUGGUUCGAAGUGUCACGUUUGGCACCUCAUAAUGAAGCUCCAUCAGCUUAGCGCUCAAUCUGCCAGCACUCAGCCUCCUUCCUGAUCACAUUUACUCACUUUUUCUGCUAAUCUGCUCAAGUCUCCUUAAUCAGAGUAUAAAUACCAGCGUUUGGGCAGACGAAGUAGGGCAAACAAGCUGGAGAAAGAACGAGACGUUUUUUUUGUAUCCCGCGCUGACACUCUGACAGUUUGAGACAUGUCGGGCCUACACGGAUUCGAGGGGGAAAACUACUACAUCCCCAUGAGUAACCGCACGGGGCUGGUACGCGACCCGUUCAUGUACGAGCAGUACUAUUUAGCAGAGCCGUGGCAGUUCAGACUGUUGGCCGUCUACAUGUUCUUUCUGAUCAUCUUCGGUUUCCCCAUCAACGCUCUGACACUGUUGGUCACGGCGCAGCACAAGAGACUCCGCCAGCCGCUUAACUACAUCCUGGUGAACCUGGCUUUAGCCGGCUUGAUCAUGGUCCUCUUCGGGUUCACCAUCACCAUCAGUUCAGCGGUCAACGGCUACUUUUAUUUCGGGUACACUGCCUGCGCCGUCGAAGGUUUUAUGGCAACUCUGGGAGGUGAGGUAGCGCUUUGGUCGUUAGUUGUACUGGCUAUUGAGAGAUAUGUUGUGGUCUGUAAGCCAAUGGGGAGCUUCAAAUUCUCAGCUACCCAUGCGAUCGGAGGAAUCGGUUUCACCUGGUUCAUGGCCAUGACCUGUGCCGGUCCUCCUCUCGUCGGUUGGUCCAGGUACAUUCCUGAAGGCCUGCAGUGUUCUUGUGGACCAGACUACUACACACUCAACCCCAAGUACAACAACGAGUCCUACGUUAUCUACAUGUUCGUCGUUCACUUCAUUCUCCCCGUCACCGUCAUCUUCUUUACCUACGGGCGGCUAGUGUGCACCGUCAAAGCGGCUGCAGCCGCUCAGCAGGAGUCGGCCUCCACUCAGAAGGCCGAGAAGGAAGUGACGCGUAUGGUCAUCCUGAUGGUGGUGGGCUUCCUGGUGGCGUGGGUUCCUUACGCCAGCGUCGCAGCCUGGAUCUUCUUCAACAAAGGAGCUGCCUUCAGUGCACAGUUCAUGGCCAUUCCUGCCUUCUUCUCCAAGAGCUCGGCUAUCUUCAACCCCAUCAUUUAUGUGCUGCUCAACAAACAGUUCCGUAACUGCAUGCUCACGACCCUGUUCUGCGGCAAGAACCCACUGGGGGAUGACGAGAGCUCAUCGGUGUCCACCAGCAAGACAGAGGUGUCCAGCGUGUCCCCGGCGUAGACGCUCCUCCCGUCCCGGACGCGAGCUCGGUCGUCUGGAACGCUCGCUUGUGUUUGGCGAGGUCAUCUCCGAAAAACACCCAUUCCUCAUGAUGUUUCCUCGGCUGUUUGGUGACAUUUUUUUUUUUUUGCCGUUCAGGUCUUUGUCUUUACUUCCUGUGUAUAUAUUUUUAUAUCUACAAGGCAUAAAAAAAAAAAAGACGACAACAACAAAAAAAUGAAAAAGAUGGUGUGAAUGUAAUAAAUACUGCAUUUUGAAAAACGA